CCGCUUUAAAUCGAGUGUGUUCUCUCUUGCCCCUUUUCACUUUUCUCAAACUCAAAUCUCUCUUCUUCUUUUUCACAUUCUCAAAUCUCUGUUUUCUUCUUCUUCUUCUUCUUCACAUCCAACACUCAAUCAACAUGAACAAGCAAGACUACAUGAAGCUUCAGACAUGUGUAAUCAAACUCAACACACAGUGCGCCUGUGAUGGAUGCAAGCAGAAGAUCAAAAAACUGUUGAAUAAAGUAGACGGGGUGUAUAAAACAAGCAUAGAUCUUGAGCAAGGAAAGGUCACGGUGUCCGGAAAUGCUGAUCCGGCCGCGCUUAUAAAGAAGCUUAACAAGUCUGGUAAACAUGCUGAGCUAUUGGGCCCGCAAAAAGGCAUGAAUGUUCUUAAUAACCAGUUCAAGAACAUGGGUUUUGAUAACAAGAAUCAGAAAGGGGGUGGUGGUGGUGGGAAAGAUAGUCAGAAGGAUGUGAAAGGGCUUCAACAAAUGCAAGCAGCAAUGAAUAAAGGGUUCAAAGAUUUUAAGCCACCUAACAAGGACCAGAAAUCGGUUAAAUUUAAUUUACCUGUUGGUGGCGGCGGUGGUGGUGGUGGAGGAUUUGACGAUGAGGAUGAUUUUGAUGAUGAUGAUAGUUUCGACGAGGAGGAUGAUUUUGAUGACGAGUUUGAUGAUGAGGAUGAUGAUAGCUUUGAUGGGGAGGAUAAGAAGCCCAAUAAUAUGAAGGCAGGGCCCGGGGUGGGUGGGCAUGGUCCCCAUGGGCCAAUUGCAAUGAUGAAUGGAAAGAAGGGACCAGGUGCAGGGUUUGAUUUGCCUGUACAGUUCAAGGGCAAGGGUGGAAAUAUUGAUAAUUCCAAAAAUGGCAAUGGUGGGAAAAAGGGUGGUGGUGGUGGUGACGGUGACAUUGGUAAAAAGGGUAAAGGCGGUAAAGACAGUGGCAGCGGCGGGUUUGGUGGCUUUUUUGGUGGUAAGAUUGGCGGAGCGUUUCUUGGAGGGGGUAAAAAGAAACACGGUGACUUGAGUCCCAAGGGUGGCAAGAAAGGCGCGGAUGGCGGCGGUGGUGGGCAAGCAAAGGGUGGUAAUUGGGAGAAAAAAGGUGAAGGAAAACAUCACGACGAGGGAAAAUUGAGUGGCGGCAAUAAGCAAAGUGAGUUUCUCGAGUUCAGCAAGCCUCACAACGGCGGUGGUGGUGGGAGGAAUAUGGCCCACAAUGGUGGUGGCAACGGUGGUGGUCGGAAUAUGGGUCAUCCGAUGGGUGGUAAUCCGAUGAUUCCGCAAAUGGGAAACUUUCCGAUGGGCCAAAUGGGCGGUCACCCAAUGGGCCAAAUGCCAUCGGCACAAGGCUUACCGAUGGCAUACCGCGGUCAAGGAGGGAUGGAUAAUGGGAAUCCUUUCAACCAACAGCAACAACAGUACAUGAUGCAGCAACAGCAACAACAGCAGCAGCAGCAGUACAUGCAAGCGAUGAUGAUGAAUCAGCAACGGGCAAAUAUGUACCCGCCGCAAAUGAUGUACGGGCAUAUGCCUCCUCCACAUGCUGCAUACGGGCCACCUAUGGGAGCACCGGUGAAUGAUAACAUCACCCAUAUCUUCAGUGAUGAGAACACUGAUAGUUGUAGUAUUAUGUAGUAGGAUUUGCAGUUUUAAUUUAAUUUCAUAAAGAGUCAGACAGGGAAGGGUAGAGUAGAAGAACCUGAAGCUUGUAGUUUGUGUAUUGUUUAUAUAAUCAAAUGUAUUAAGUGUUUAUGUAUCAAAAAUCAGAAGUUUUGGCUCAAAAA